AAAACGAAAUCAUAAGUCGUAUGUAAAUCAUUUAAAGGGACAGUCUUAAAUAAAGAUUUAAAUAUAUUUGCUUUGAAAAGCACCUGACAACCCCUGAGCAGACAUUGUUAUUUAUAAAUUAGCAAUUUUUGGCCACCACCACCAGCUGAGAAAUUGCCCAUUGAGCAGCGUCUGCCUUGCUUAUAAACUGUAUACGUAUAAAUAAAUUCAUUAACGUUCGGCCAGCUGAUCGGAGGACGCGAAGUUGGCAACUCAAUCGAUUCAUCGGAUCGCCCUGGAUCAAGGUGUGUAGUACUAAAAUCGGUAGUUAGUAACUUUGUGGACUUAGGAUCUAUUACAAAAAACGGUAUACGACAUGGUAUCUUACAAUCAGACAACAUUUAAAAGUUGACAACCAUUAACUAACUUCUGUCAUCCAAACCAAAUUUGAGCCUUUGCCAAUUAUUCGCUCAUCCGUUGUCAAGGUUGUGUGCAUUCGAUUCUUCUUUUGUCGAUUGGAUACGUGACUAUGUAGUCUGAAGAUGGAACAGAUGCAGUCCGAUUGGUGUCAGCCGAACAAGGUGCGUGUCCGGCAUGAUAAAUAAUGCAAUGAUUCCAAUUGUCCAAUAUAAAAAUGAACGAGUCCCAAACAUUGCACCGCAGUUUCAUACGCACCGUUCGUCAAAAUGGUGACCAAGUUUCUUCUAUUAAUUGCAUUUCUGGCUAUUGUCCGAGGAGAAGUAGGUCCAGCUUCUGGACGUAGAGCUCCUUAUGCCCCAGCUGGUUGGCAUCCGCGGGUUCCAUUUAACCUACCCAAUGAGUAUGUACCUCCUGUUCGUCAAACAGUGGAAAUCACCAAGGCACGUGUUGAUCAGAUCGAACCAGUGAAUACACCUCAAUCGAACUAUCUGCCCCCGCAACAACUGGAUAUUCCCGAUGGAGAGAUUCUGCCCAGCUCCCGACCGGCAAAGCAGUACGGUCCUCCCGAUCCUAAAUUUAAAAUCAUCUAUCCCGAUGAGGAAGAGCCAACUACUCUUAGGAUUUCCGUAGACAAUCAGCAACCGAAAAUCAGAGAAGGCCGUUACUUCGUCAUAUCGCAGGAUAACAAACUGCAGAAAGUUACUUUCAGUUCUCAGCAAAACGGCGAAGAUGAGGACUUUACGGCUCAGUUGAGUUAUUCAACUGUGGGACAGCUCAAGGAUCCAGUCUAUCGGUACAACAACCAAGGACAAUUGGAGAGGGUCUUGAAGUAGAUAUUUUGGAAAUCACUUUUUGAAAUGUAUAAAAUAAUUAUAAAAACCAAUCGAAUUAUUUGCCAACUCUGAGGUUUUCAUUCUGUGCUUAUUAUA